AUGAGCGGCAAGAGGACCGGCAAGUCGAAGUCGCCGUCGACGCCGUCGACGCCGCGGGACGAGGAAGUCAGUCUGGAGGAGAAGAGCUGGUACCACGGGAUGCGGCCGCGCAAGGAGUGCGAGGCGCUGCUGACCGAGCUGGGCGACUGGCUGGUUCGCGCCACCGACAACGACAAGGAAGGGCACCUCUCCGUCGUGCUGUCUGUGCACACCGAGAAGGGCCAUCGCCACCUCACACUUUCGAAAGACGCGAAUGGCCGCUUCACGCUGCAGCUCAUCAGCAAAAAGACUGCCCCUUCAUUCGCCACCGUCGCCGGAUUGAUUGAGCACUAUCAUAAAAAGGGUGGCAUCGGCGCCAUCAAAAUGGGCCACGCAAAGAAUCGACCGAACUGGCUGAUCAAGCACGAGCAAGUCAACUUUGAUGAGAACAAGGAUCGACUCGGCGCCGGGAACUACUGCGUCGUCUACAAGGGCACCUACAAGGUGGACGGGCGUACAGUGCCCGUUGCCGUCAAGGUGUGCCUGCCGCUGGCCGAGCAGCGCACCCCCGAGCAGAUCACCAACGAGCGGUUGAGCAUGCUGCGCGAGGCCGAGCUCCUCUCCUCCUACUCGCAUCUCAACGUCAUCCGUCUGUACGGCGUGGCGGCCGACUCGCCACCGGUGAAGAUUGUGCUGGAGUACUGCCCGGCCGGCAGCCUGGACCGGCAUCUCCAGGAGCACAAGAGCCGUAUCGAGCCGGCCGAGCGCGUCCUCUACAUGCUUGAUGCGGCCGACGGGAUGCGCUACCUCCAUAAACAGGGCUGCAUUCAUCGUGACAUUGCCUCGCGUAACUGCCUGAUCGGGCUGACCGGAUGGAUCAAGAUUGCCGACUUUGGCCUGUCGAAGAUGAUCGGCCGCAAGCUCGACAAGGAGGAAGAGGAGACUGAGGCCCAACUCGGGUUGCCCCUCCGCUGGAUGGCCCCGGAAUGCCUUCAGAAGAAGCGCGAGUUCUCCAAGAAGUCGGACGUGUGGAGCAUGGGCGUGAUGAUUUGGGAGACGUUCAACGAGGGCGCAAAGCCGUGGCCCGACUGGGAGGCUAAGAAGAUUGCCACCUACAUCCGAAAGGGCAAAAUGCCCGAGUUCCCCUCCGGCACCCCGGCCCAUCUCAAGGACUACGUCGAGAAGCACGUCUGGUCGGUCAACCUGGACACGCGCACCGACAUGGAGGGCGUGUGGAAGAACCUCGACGAGACACGCGCCUCGGUCGGCAACCCGAAGAACUCGGUGAUUGAGCGCGAGCAGCGGUCGCGCUCCCCGCACCAGAUGUCAAUGUGGCAUAGUCGG